GAUAGUAAAGUAAUUUGGAAAGAAAAAAAGGCGAGUGACUAAAAAUCAAUACUCCAACCAGUACUUUCAUUCCAAUUUCCCCAGAUAAUAAAUUAGAGUGCAUAAAGCUGAAAUUUGUCAUUACGAAAACACCAAGAAGAAAGAACAUAGAAACGCGAAGGGCGCUCUGUAAUUUCGUCCGCCAAUUACUUCCUAACAUCUUCAUGCUCUUCGUUUCUGACGAUCACCACCGCUUUGGGACCUCCGAGUCCGAAACGGAGAUUACUAUUUUCUCCGAGAACAAGAUGCACACUCCUACCAAAUCUACCAUCGUUCUUCCUUCUGCCUUGUAUUUUCUUCUCAACUUCCUCUCUUUCGCAUUUUGCCUUCCCAAACUUCCAGGUAAGUUCUGGAAAUGGAGAAAAAGGGUGAGAUUGAUACGAAGCCUAUUGAUUCUGUACAAGCCGGUAUCUCUCUGUUUGGUGCGAUAGGUGAUCAGAAAAAACACAAGCACACAGCCAGUAAUGGGUAUGAGAAGGAAAGAGAGCUUGAAGAGGUAGUAAGGGAUCUGGCCAGUUACAAGGUUCAACUUGAAGCAAAGGAUGCGGCUUACAUGCAGGCCCGUCUAAAGCUGGAACAACAACAGAAAGCCAUUGACGAACUUUCUGAGUUGCUGAACAUUGCAGAAACUGAUAGAGAUAAAUACAUCAAAGAAUGCAGUGAGGCUAGAGUGCAGUUGAAUGAACUUGAACAUAAGUUGAAUGAAAUGACUGAUCAAUCCUUGGAGACCAGAAAAGUUCGAGAGCAGCUUCAGGUUGCUAUGUGUGAGUUGAAGAUCAGACAAGAGGAGCUUCUUGGCAUUGAAACAGAACUUGCUGCUUCUAGGGAAUCAGAGCUCAAGGGAAUUGUAAAAAUAGAGUUACUGGAAAAUAAUGCCCACUUGGAAAAGGAAAAGACUGUAGAUCUCAUAAGACACAUCUCAGAACUGAAUGAAGCAAUUCGUAGGUCAAAUUUUGCUGUUGAUGAAGCAAAAAAAGAGAUGUCUGCUGCAUUAUCUUCGAAAGAUGCUGACCUCGAGCUGGCUAGGGAAAAAGUUGUUGAGGUGCAAAAUCAAUUAGAAGAAAUGAGCAAACAAACAGAAUUAGUACGUGAUUUAGAGAGCCAGUUACAAGCAAAGGCACUAUAUAUUGACAUGAUUGAGUCGGCAUUAAAGCAAACCAAUGAACAGAUAAAAGCAGAUCUUGAAGUUAUGGACAGGGAAUCUUCUGAUCAAGCUCUUUAUAUUGAGUCACUAAAGCUGGAGAGGAAUCAAUUGAAAGAAGAAGUAAAGAAUGCAAAUGAAGAAAUUGAAAAAUUCAAGGACAGGGUAGAAACACUUAAACAUCAGUUAGAGAAGAUGAAACUUGAAAUGGAUGAGAUGAAAGAAAGAGGAAUUGGUGCCGAGGUUGAAAUUGCAUUGCUGAAAUCUGAACUUCAUGAAGGAAGGUCAAAAAUUGCAGCAGCAGAGGCUGCUGAAGCAAGAGCCGAGAGCGUUAAAUCCGGCCUUUAUCUUGCUGUUCAGGACUUGGCUGCAGAAGCAGCCGAAGUCAAGAAGGAGAACAUAAAGCUAAAACAAGGACCAUUUUGGGCCUAUGAAGAAAAUGAGAACCCCAUUCUUGACAAAACCUCACCAGGCAUUGAAGAAGAUCUGAAUGCUGAAGCCAGUGACAGAAGGGAUGAGACUGCCACCAUAACAAUUACUCUGGAGGAAUAUCAAUCAUUGAUUACAAAUGUUGAUCCAACCCCUGAACUCUCAGCAGACAACUCUUCCCAUCUGGCCAGUCCUCAGUACACAGAUGAAUUGGAAAAGUUGAAGAAGGAACUAGAAGCAGCAAUGAUAAGAAUUGGGGAGUUCCGGUCGCGAGCCGAACAGGCUACCACUAGAGCUGAGAUGGCUGAGAAAGCUAAAGAAGCCGUUGAAGACCAGCUGAGGAAAUGGCGAGAGCAUAAACAAAGAAGAAAGGCUGCUGUUGCUGCCAUGAAGGAAGUAUCUGCACCUAAAUUUAAACCUCCCAUGUAUGAAGGCAGCUCCACAGUCUAUCAACCUUUAGGUAAGGUUCUUAACUUGAAACUAUAGUUUCUUACUGUGGCUUAGUAUUAUAGAUAACGAAAUCAAUAUUUGGAAAGGCCAAGACUUCUGUCCAAUACAACAACAGUAUUCCAGUAAUAUGAUACAUUUGAUAAGCUUAGAUCAUCAAGUUCAUACACUCUGUGGAAUGUGGAUCAUGGGCUUGGCCAGUUUCGGCCCAUUGGUCAGAAUGAUAGAUGAACAGGCCCAUGUUAAAAUAAAGGCUUUGUUGAUUAGAGAAUUUGCUUUCUAGAAA